UACACAGAGAUAGAUAUAUAGAAAAUUUGAAAGCAUGUAUAAAAGGUUAAUUUUUUUUUUUAAAAGGAGAACACCAAAAUUGGCUGACCGGAAUGUACUGUGAAGAUUGGAACGACGGGCAUUUUAAAAAAAUGAUAUGUCCCACUCCCACAGGGCAGAAGACAAGUAUUUUUUUGCACAUACGCAACGCAAUUUUACCCAACAAAACUCUCUCUCUUUCUCUCACUUUCUAAUAAUGGAGAGCCUCCCGCUUGAGACGGCGGAGAAGAUCAUCCUGCGCUGGGACUCCACCGCGUCGGAGGAUGCCCGCGACAAGAUGAUAUUCUCCGGCGGCGUGGACCGCGAUGAGGCCGAUCUCUACCUCCAAGCCGUGGACGAAAUCCAACGGUCCCUCUCCUCCGUCUCCGUCUCCUCCUCCGACAAAGUCAACUCCGCCAUCCAGAUUGCCAUGGCCCGCUUAGAAGACGAGUUCCGCAACAUCCUCAUCUCCCACACCAUCCCCUUCGACCCUUCCACCUCCGAAGACGAUCCCUCCCAAACCCUCCCAGACCUUCUUCCUUCCUCCACCUCUUCCCCAAAACACCCUCUCACCAACCUCGAACAAGAUUCAACAGAAACUGAGCCAGAAACUACUAACACCACCACCACCACCACUCCUCUCCUCCGUUUCAACAGUGACGGCGCUGCUUCCUCUGUUCACUCUUCUGUUUCCUCCGUCAACUCCGUUAACAGCAGCAGUUACCGUUCCACCAGCAGCAUCCGCGAGAUCGAUCUGAUCCCCUCCGACGCCGUCUACGACCUCCGCUGCAUCGCCGAGCGCAUGCUCUCCUCCGGCUACCUCCGCGAGUGCAUCCAGGUCUACGGCAGCGUUCGAAAAUCCUCCGUCGACGCGAGCUUCCGCAAGCUCCACAUCGAAAAGCUCAGCAUCGGAGACGUUCAGCGCCUCGAGUGGGAGCAGCUCGAGAACAAAAUCAGACGCUGGAUAAAAGCCGCCAAGGUCUGCGUCAGAACUCUCUUCGCGAGCGAGAAGAAGCUCUGCGAGCAAAUCUUCGACGGCGUCGGAACUUCCAUCGACGACGCUUGCUUCAUGGAGACGGUGAAAGGUCCCGCGAUUCAGCUCUUCAACUUCGCCGAGGCGAUUAGCAUAAGCCGUAGGUCGCCGGAGAAGCUGUUCAAGAUUCUCGAUUUGCAUGACGCCUUGACGGAUUUGAUGCCGGAUAUCGACGUCGUGUUUGAUUCGAAGUCGUCGGAGUCGAUUAGGGUUCAGGCGGCGGAGAUUUUGUCGCGGUUGGGUGAGGCUGCGAGGGGGAUUUUGUCCGAAUUCGAAAACGCUGUGCUGAAGGAACCUUCUAGGGUUCCUGUUCCUGGUGGAACGAUUCACCCUUUGACUCGGUAUGUGAUGAAUUACAUAAGUUUGAUCUCUGAUUACAAGGUUACUUUGAAUGAGCUUAUAGUGUCGAAGCCCUCCACGGGGUCUAGGUAUUCGGGAGAUGUUGGGAUACCAGAUAUGGAUUUGAGUGAGUAUGAGGAGAAGACACCUUUGGAUGUUCACUUGAUUUGGAUUAUUGUGAUUUUGCAAUUCAACUUGGAUGGGAAGAGUAAGCACUACAGGGAUGCUUCUCUGGCUCACCUUUUUAUCAUGAACAAUGUGCACUACAUUGUUCAGAAGGUGAGAGGGAGUUCCGAGUUGAGGGAGAUGAUUGGGGAUGACUACUUGAAGAAGCUCACCGGGAAGUUCCGGCAGGCUGCCACGAGAUACCAGAGGGAGACGUGGGUGAAGGUGUUGUAUUAUUUGAGGGACGAGGGGUUGCAUGCCAGUGGGGGGUUUUCAUCCGGGGUGUCCAAGAGUGCUCUCAGGGAUAGGUUUAAGACUUUCAAUUCCAUGUUUGAGGAGGUUCACAGGACGCAGGCGGUUUGGUUGAUACCGGAUUCACAGCUCAGGGAGGAGCUGAGGAUAUCUAUAUCGGAGAAGCUCAUUCCCGCGUAUAGGUCGUUUCUUGGGAGGUUCAGGAGCUACAUUGAGAGUGGGAGGCAUCCGGAGAAUUACAUCAAGUACUCUGUGGAGGACCUGGAGUAUGCUGUUUUGGACUUCUUCGAAGGGAUUCCUGUUUCCCAGCACUUGAGAAGGAGAUCUGAAUGAUGGAUUCAAUGGGACUAGUGGAGUCAAGUCAAAUGGAGUUUUGCAACUUUAGAAGCUAGGACAUAUUCUUUUAAUUUUUUCACUGGAGCGUUCGGGUAAUUGAGAUUGCUCAAGCUCUAGGGUGGGUGCUCCAACAAUGAUCCAGGAUUCUCAGGAGAAGAAAGAUUAAGAUUUCCCUUAUCUGGUGUUGAAGAUUGGUGUGGCUUAUGAAAAGCCAAAGUAGCUACCUCACCCUGAAUGCUGCUCUGCCUGUAAGCACUUUAUUUGAUUUCUCAACACAUUCUAGAUUUUUGUUUCAUUUGUUUAUAUUGGAAUUUGUUGUGUGUGUGUGUUUUUUUUAAUUUAUUUUCUCUUACGGUCGAAAAAGGGCUGUUUCUUUUGUAGCUUCAAAUGACUCUUAUACAAUGUGAUAGUUUUGGCACUAAAUAGAUGCAUUGUCAAAUUGAAAUCUCAGUCUUAGAUAGCUUUCGCCUUUGGGCACACGUAGCUUCUGUUUUUUUUUUUUUCUUUCUUAUAUCCAAGAGAUUCAUAAGGAAAACAGAAGAAUAUCAAAUGAAUGCGCACGCACUCACCUCAACAUGGGAAUUGCUGAUAUGUUGUGACUUUGGUGAAAGACCAAGUGGCAAGUAUUAUGUACACAUUAUAAGUGCGAACGUGCGAUCUGAUUCGAACUACUUUCGAUUCUGGGACACACUUUAUUUUUUGUAAUUGGAUAAUCAUUGCUGGCUAAUGGUGAAUUUUCCUUCUAGCUUU